AUGCAUUCCGUUGCAUUAACUCUUCUUGUACUGGUCGGAGCCUCGCAAGCAGCUCUUCUCCUUCCAUACACUCUUCCAGAUGACGUGAUUCAAUUGAUGGCUUUCCGUGAGCAGCCACAAAAUGCUGCAAUCUCAACUUGUAAUGAUGUUCAAUUCAACUAUUGUCAAGCAACUUUCAAUAAAUUCUUCGGAAUGGAUGAUUCCAUCUCUUGGCGUAAUGGAACCUACAUUUUCAACACUGUUCAGAAAUAUUUGAUGAUGAAUGUGACUGAGUUGGUGAAGGUUUGCAACACCCGUACUCAAUUCUACCAAUGCCUCGGAACUUCUUACUACCCAUGCAUGAAUCUCUACACUCUUCUCAACAAACCUCAACCAGAUUUUCCUAAUGCCUUCGAUUACGUCAGAACUUUCCGUGGACUCGAGUGGAUGUGUGUCGGUGGAUUCAGCGAAGUCGUCGCUCAAUGGGGAUGUCUUGGAACUUUCCCAACAACUAACGCCUACCUGAACUGUAUUGCUAACUUCAAUCAGACCGUUGCAGCUAACAACUUCUGUCCAGCCGUUCAACAAACUGGAGCCUGUUUGAACGACGCCUACAAUGCAGCUUGCGGAGCUCCUGGAUCUGGAUAUUUCGGAUGCGAAAACUUCCGCAUCACAUUCGAUAACUCUUGCUGGGGACUCAGAUGCAUGGUUGAUUCCCAAUAA